AUGGUUGUGUGCAAAUUCUUUCAGCAGGGAAACUGCCGUUAUGGUCAGAACUGUAGAUUUGACCAUAUUUACGGUUCAAAAUACUCUUAUCACGCUUCUCAAGCCAGUCAGCCUGCCUCCAGUAUACUUACAGAUGAGCAGAUAAUGAAUCAAGUCCCUUCUGAUGUACAGGCUAUACUAAAAGGAGGACAGUGGAUUCUGUCCUGCUACUCCCCAUUUAAAGAAAAACCGAAUUUCCCCGGUCUCUCUGACUUGUCCAUGGAAGAGGCAAGGCUAUUCAUUUAUGAAGCAAAAGCAAAUAAUACUUUGGAUCAAGCUGUAGCCUAUAUGAACAAUUUGUUUAAAGAUGCAAGGUAUAAACAUGAACAAUUACUACAGCCAAAUGCUGCGAUCACAAAAGUUCUGAGAAGUCUAUAUAAAGGAGAAUUGGUUCCAUCACCUUUAGCUAGUACUGGUCAGACAUCAAGCUUUGAGUCAAAUUCCUCUGCUUCAUCGUUAUUCCGAAGUGCUGUCCACAGUACUCCUGCAUUUAGCCAAAAUACUAAUACUGCAGCCUUUGGACAAAAUCCUUCUAACUCUAUAUUUGGACAAAAUUUUUCACAAACCCCGAAUGCUCCAUCAGUGUUUGAUCAGAAGCCCAAUUUUGGAACAGAUAAUGCCAAAUCAAUAUUUUCUCAAGCUAGUCACAGCAUUUUUGGCCAAAAUCAAACUAGUCAAAAUGUCUUUAAUGGAAACCAGCAGUCAAACAAAGUUUUUGGACCUAGUCAAACAACAAAUAUUUUCGACAAACCCGACACCACAGCCAAGUCAAUAUUUGGCCAAGCCAGUCAAAGUGUAUUUAAUUCCAAUCAGCCACAGACAAAUCCUGCAAAUAUAUUUGCUAGUGCAACUCAAUCUGCUUUUGGGUCGUCACCAUUUAGUCAACAACAAGAAAGUUCUCCAUUUGGAAAUAAUGUCCAAAGCAAUACACCAUUUUCAAAUACGGCUCCGAGUAUUUUUCAAGCAGCAAAUAAGCAGAAUGAUGAUUGCACAAUUUAUAGUAACAUGAAUGAUUUAUCACCUACUGACAUAGAAUGCUUCAGUGCUGAUGAUUUUAAACUAGGAUUCAUUCCUGAAAUACCACCUCCUCAUUCACUAUGUUUUUGA